CGGGCACGGAAAGGGACAGGCGGGGAAGUAAAAAAGUGAGCGUUUAGAGCAGAGGUGUAGAAAAUAGACUGUUAGCAGAACACUGAUUAAAACUGUUGAUCAAACUGAAGAUAUGGCAGAAAUAGAUAGAUCGGGGUCAUAUAACAGCUGACUGGGGUCGUACACAAAAAACUAAAACACUGGUAGCUUAAUGGAGUUAAAGCAGACAGACUGCUGGGUCAUAUACACGAUGGAGAAACAAGGCACAGAUCUAUCAGAGGUAUGGCCUCACAAGUUUUGGUGUACCCACCGUAUGUUUAUCAAACUCAGUCAAGUGCCUUUUGUAGCGUGAAGAAACUUAAAGUUGAACCAAGAAGUUGUGUGUACAAUAAAAGGAGCCACCCACGGACCAAUCUGAAUGCUAAAAACGUUGGAUUUGCACACCCAUCCAACAAGUGCAGGGCUCCUUUACAGACAAAGAAUCCAUCUGACCGACCUCGCCAUCAGACAACCACAACACAGGCUAGUGCAGUUGCUUUAAAACCCAACACAGGUACUUCUGGGGACCUGGCAGUGCAGGCGCUGCUAGCUCCAAAAGAGGUACCUUUAGCUGGGACACCAGACAGUGGGUCAGAUUUGUUGGAAACGCAUCAAAGAUGUGGACUGAAGCGUAAGAGUGAAGAGCUGGAAAACCAGAGUGACACCAUGCAGAUCGUUGAUGAGUUGUCUAUACUGCCAGCCAUGCUGCCGAACAAUGCCACAAACCAAGUGGCCGUUGUGGCAGCCACGGGGACCUCAAAGCCUAAUGGAGCUGCUGUGGAUGGAGACUAUCAGCUUGUACAGCAUGAGGUUUUGUGCUCAGUUAAAAAUACUUAUGAGGUGCUUGACUUUUUAGGUCGUGGAACCUUUGGACAGGUAGUCAAGUGCUGGAAAAGAGGGACGAAUGAAGUUGUGGCAGUAAAGAUAUUGAAAAAUCAUCCUUCGUAUGCACGACAAGGUCAGAUUGAGGUGGGCAUCCUUGCCAGACUGAGCAACGAGAAUGCAGAUGAAUUUAAUUUUGUUCGCGCUUAUGAAUGCUUUCAGCAUCGGAACCACACCUGCUUAGUAUUUGAGAUGUUGGAACAAAACUUAUAUGAUUUCUUGAAACAAAACAAAUUUAGUCCUCUGCCCCUAAAGGUUAUAAGGGCCAUCCUACAGCAGGUGGCUACUGCACUGAAGAAGCUCAAAAGUCUUGGUUUAAUUCAUGCUGACCUCAAACCAGAAAAUAUCAUGUUGGUGGAUCCUGUAAGACAGCCAUACCGGGUUAAAGUAAUAGACUUUGGUUCCGCCAGCCAUGUGUCGAAGACUGUUUGCUCUACCUACCUACAGUCUCGCUAUUACAGAGCUCCAGAGAUCAUUUUGGGGUUGCCGUUUUGCGAAGCCAUAGACAUGUGGUCUUUGGGCUGUGUGAUUGCAGAGCUGUUCCUUGGGUGGCCACUGUAUCCAGGAGCACUGGAGUAUGAUCAGAUUAGAUAUAUUUCCCAGACUCAAGGUGUACCCGGAGAACAGUUAUUAAACGUGGGUACUAAAACCUCUAGAUUCUUCUGUCGUGACCCAGAUGCUUCAUACCCUGGAUGGAAAUUAAAAACCUUAGAGGAGCAUGAAUCUGAAACCGGAAUGAAAUCGAAAGAAGCCAGAAAGUAUAUUUUCAAUAGUUUGGAUGACAUAGUGCAUGUGAACAUGGUGAUGGAUCUGGAUGGUAGUGACUUAUUGGCUGAGAAAGCAGAUAGGAGAGAAUUUGUCGGCCUGUUGAAGAAAAUGUUGUUGAUUGAUGCUGAUUUGAGAAUCAGUCCAGCUGACACCCUGAGCCACUCGUUUGUUACCAUGGCGCACCUCUUAGAUUUUCCCCACAGCAACCAUGUGAAAUCCUGUUUCCAUAUCAUGGAUGUUUGCAAGUCACGAUCUAACAUGGGUGAUAGCGCUAAUCGCAAUAAAACAUCUGUCAUGAGACCAGUCGUCUCAGCCAAUGUGACGGCUGGUUUUACCAAAAUUGGUACCGUUAGAGGUCAGGGUUUAACAUCAUCUGGUCAUUCAGUUAUACAUUCUGGCAUACCACUGCAGGCCGGAAGUGCUCCAUUUGGUUGUAACGAUGCGUUCCAGCAAACAUUGAUUCUGUGCCCCCCACCUCUUCAAGGAAUAGCACCAAACCAUGGGAAGCCUACAAGUUACUCAGUACGAGUGGACAACGCAGUUCCAUUGAUGACACAGGCCCCAGCAAUGCAGCCUUUACAGAUAAGACCCGGAGUCCUUACACAGCACACAUGGUCCAAUGGAACACAGCCUAUAUUGGUUCCCACCUGGCAACAGGUGACAACUGUGGCACCCACUGCUACUACAUUAGCCUCUGACACCAUGGCUGGUCCCCAAAGGCUUGGAGAAUGGGGGAAAGUGAUUCCUCAUGGUAACCCUUACAGUUCAAUGAUUCUGCAGCCUAUCUUAACCAACCAAAUUACAUUGUCUGCUCCUCAGCCUAUCAGUUUAGGCAUUGCACAUGUGGUGUGGCCCCAGCCUGCGGCUAGCAAGAGAAAUAAACUCUGCCAGAACAGGAGUAACACAAUGCAGGAUACUGUGGUCCACAGUUCAGCACAUACCUCUCCAAAGAUAUUAAAUAGCGCAAAGACCAGUGAGCAAGAAAGCUGUGCUUUACCCCAGGACAAUCAGAGGUCAGAGGGAAAGGAGCAGGACUCUAACAAAGCAUCAGAGGGGCCGGCCCCUGACUUUUCCAGCCAACAGAGGCAAACUAUAGUUAUUGCAGAUUCACCAAGCCCUGCAGUGAGCGUCAUCACCAUUAGCAGUGAUACAGAUGAUGAAGAUCCAUCACAAACUCAUUCGCUAAGAAAGUGUAAGGGCAGCUUGGAUUGCGAAGCCUGUCAGAGUACCUUGAAUAUUGAUCGUGUAUGUUCCUUGAGCAGCCCUGAUAGCACACUGAGUACGAGCUCUUCUGGGCAGUCAAGUCCGUCUCCUUGCAAAAGGCCCAACAGCAUGUCUGAUGAUGAACCAGAAAGCGGAUGUGACACAGUAGAUGGAUCUCCCAGCUCGGAUUCUUCCGGACAUGACAGCCCCUUUGUGAAGAGCAGCUUUGUUGGGGAAACAAAUCAGAAAAAUGAAACGAGGACCUCUGAUGACACAAAGAGCAAACCCACAGUGCGAACAGUGGUGGUGCCUCCCAUCCGCAUAGAAAACCACCGGCUUAACUCACAUAGAGCAUCAAACAAAGGUAGACAAGAUCCAGCUUGCCAUCCCUCAAUGAAAGGUCGAGCUGCACCAGGCAAGAUAAACCACCCUACAGCCUUGGGGAGCCGUCAGAAGAAACUUGCAUCAGCAUUCCAGCAACAGCCGCUGGGCUUUAACCAGGUACAGCACUUCGGUCACCAGGAAUGGAAUGGAAACUAUGGGCACAGAAGGCAGCAGACAUACAUGCCCCCAAGAAUUGCAAGCCACCCUUUCACCCUUCCACAUGGAAGCCCAAAUCACAGUGCAGUUCAUGCCCAUUUGGCUGGGAGUGCACACCUUGGAGGACAGCCUGCAGUCUUAUCGUACCCUCACUCUGCACAGCUUGGCACAGCUGCACCCGUAGCCCACCUUCUUGCCUCUUCAUGUACCUCAAGACCUAUUUUACAGCACCCAACCUACAAUCUCUCUCAUCCCAGUGGAAUCGUUCACCAGGUUGCAGUGGGCAUCAAUCCUCGUCUCUUACCUUCUCCUACAAUCCACCAGACUCAAUACAAACCAAUUUUCCCAUCACAUUCGUAUAUUGCGGCAUCUCCUGCGUACACAGGAUUUCCAAUGAGUCCAACAAAACUCAACCAAUAUCCAUACAUGUGAGAACAUGUAAAGGAAGCUCAAAGAUUCUUUAGAGAAAAAUAAAACGUAUAAAAGAAGAAACACACAUGGCUUUUAAUACAUUUUCGCCAUGGCACAAGAGAAAAAAAAUAUUUUUUCAAUCAUGUUAACUUGGGUGCAAUUUAAAAAACAAACAAACAAAAAAAACAAUCUUGAGCUUUAAAAAAAAAAAAAAAUCACUUUUAAUGUGUUUUGCACAUUUGGUAUAAAUUGUCUUUGGUCCUGUUAUCUUCUCUAGUAUCUUUAGACAGGUGACUUACAGGGGGGCGAAAGUCCAGUUUCGCCCCUGCUAUUUUUUUAUACAAUUGCCUUCUUACUAGUGCAAGACACGUCUACAUUAUGGAAGCCAUUCAGCAUACAGGUUUAGAGCAACUAAUGCACACAAUGUCAGCAGUACAGUGUAUCAGUAAGUCGUUUGUAUUCCGUAUGUCUUGGUGUUUCUGUGUCGGGUCACUUAGUUACACAGUUGUUCUUCACAUUGCAUGUGUCUUUUGCAUGGGCAGAAGAGAGAGUUGCCUAGACCUUGCUCUUAAAUGUUGUUGUCCUAAUAAUCUCAGCUGCAUUGUAAACUGUUCCCACACAUAGUGCCUUAAAUAUUUGAGGUUGUUAAUGUUACUACUAAGUAUAUUAAUGUCAAGUUCAGCACUUAAAUUUCACACCUGCUGGUAUAUAAAUAUCUAUUUUUUUGGAUAACUUGAGUAAUGCUCAGUUAGAUAUCUUUUUUUUGUGUGUGAUGAUUUUAGUUCUGAGUGUUUUGUUUCCUUACAACAGAAACAGCAUGUUUUGCUGUACAUGAAUUUUACUGUCUGUUUUUAAUCAGAAUGAACUAGUUCUAGCAAGCAUUGCAUAGACUAACUUGCUUUUGAUUGAGUUUAUUUUAGUAAUAACACAGGAACAACCCACCCUGGCUUGCACGUUCAGUAAUCCUACUGUUAACAGAAACUGCAAUAUAGUGGAUCUUUUUUUAUGGUGUUUGUCCCAUUGGAUGGAUCAUAGUAUAGUAUCUACUAGUCUAAGUAGGCAUGACAUUUAUUAUGGAAGAAAAGACAUUUAACCUUUUUCAGUCCUGGUAUGAUUUUUAUCCAUUGCUGUGCAAUGGCUUAGAAGGCCCUACCAGUACUUAUAAGGUUAACACUAUGCGAUAUGACCACAGCUUGGACAAACCAUGCAGUAUUUAAUGAAUUGUAUCUGAUAUAUUUACUCUAGAAGCUUGACAAGAUGUGAGUUUUGUGUGCAAUUUUAUUUUUAUUUUAUGCAUGUGUCAGAUUUUUUAGCUUUUUUCAUUAUCUGUGUUUUUAUUGUGUUGGGUGGUGACUGCUUAUUUAAAACAUUCCGUCAGGGACAUGAAAUUAUGUGCGUAUUUUAUUAUUAUUAUUAUUAUUAUUAAUUUUUCUUUCCUUCAGUUUUUAGAUUGUGCAUCUUUCAUAUCAAGUUGCUUUUGCAGCACCAAAGAAUUUUAAAUCAUCCAUUUCCUAUAAUGAAAUUAAAUGGUAGCUACUUUUUGCAUAGACCUAAAUUAUACUGUAGUAUAGUGACAGGCUUUAAGAAAUGGUAUUUACUAAUAUUUGUUUUAGCUUAAGGGCAAGUAAUAAACCUAUCAUUUAUCUUGAAUGUAUCAUAGAUAAGCUGCUAUAUAUAACGAAUGCCACUUCGGAUAGCUGUGAAGUUAGCUUCAUAUCUAGUUCUUGCGUAGUCGCCUUAUUUGAGUCUAAGUAUAUGAAAGUGUAGUGGGUUUUUUAUUUCUUUUUAUUUCUCUGUUUGAUGUGUCAUUGUAACUACUGUAAUGUAAAUUAUGGAACUUAAUUGCAUAUGUUAUUUUUUGGGUGAGUGUUCUAUGCAUCAGUAUUUUAACUCUUUUAAAUUUUGAGCUCAUUACUGCAUAUAUGUGGGUGUAAUAAUGUAAGUUAAUUUUUAAUUUUUAUCAUGUUUUCAUAUUGCUGUUGUGUAAACGUUUAAAAAAAAAAAAACUCUUGCAGGCUUGAUUUAACUUUUUUAAUUGUAUUUUUUGUUUGAAUCUGUAAUGCAGUUUAAAUAGCGGUGACUGGAAUUAUGAAGGUAGAGAACUGAAUUUUGGGAAGAAAUAUUUAGCUUUUACUUUUUGUAAUCCAUUUAACACCACUAUACACAGCACUUGUCUAUCCAAUAAGCUAUCAUUCUUAAUUCUGUUUAAUAGAGUGCAAAAUGGACCUACACGUAAAAUGAUUGCUGGUCGCUUAUGCACAAUUUGGUGUUAACAAAAGCAGUGUUUUAUUUAAUGAAUGUUUCAACUAAAAUGUGCCUAUACUAAGAUUUUAUAAAGAUAUAUAAACUUAAAAAAACAAAACAGUAUUAAAAUAAAAAAAAUUAAAAAAAUUGUGGGGGAAAAACCAGCAUUACUUUUUUGAUCUCUGGAAAUCAGUUUUCCACAUAUGUCAUUGUUUUAUUAAUCCACGCUAUGCAUUAUUGUAUUGUCGGAUCCUAUCAGUGUACAUAUCGCUGUAUACAAGUUUUUUUUUUUUAAACUCCUCCUUUAUUUUGGUAACCAAACUGAUCUCAAAUUCAAGGUUUGAGAAAUCCCAUGAACUUGGAGAAACCUUUCUUUUAACAUUUUAUAUCUGGUUCCUAUUUUAUUGUUAAAAUUAUUUUAUACAUCUAUAUAGAAACACUGUGGACUGGUUUCUCAGUAUUCUUGUGGGCUCCUCAAUUUGUAAUAUAUUUGUCAACCCCUGCUUUAAUACACAGACACCGUAAUGUGGCAUAACAUGCUUGCCUUGUCAUCAGAGGCCACCUGUAUUAACAGUGCAUUCAAAAAUAGGCACUUCUAACCCACUUUUAGAUAGACUUGUGUCUGUUUCAGGUUCGAAUGUAUUAAACAUCAGUAUAUUUCAAAUACAUAUAGAAAGGAGCAGCAUGCUGUGAAUUACUUCUGUGCUCGAGCAUUUUGGGAAGAGCUAGAUGCACAUUUCUGAAUGUGGUCUAGUUUAGGAGCACUGUAAUUUUUACGAAAAGUAUUGCAAAAAAUAUUUUCCUUGUUAGUUUCUAAACCCAUUUAGUUCUAGCCACAGUUACUCAGUUUUUGGAGUUUACUGGCAAUAAAGGGGUGAGUCCGGAGCCCAUCCAGGAGUGUUUUAAGGCAUGUUUCCAAUCAAGAAAGGAGCAUGAAAGUCCGUUUUGUAAGAGGUCUUGUUUCUUUGUGGGUUUUUUGUUGUUGUUUGUUUUAUAUUCUGUAUGCAUCCCUCUAGUUCAUAGUUUAAAGUGACAGUAAAUCCUAUCAUUUUUGAAACGCUAAGAUUUACCAGUGCAACAGAUAAAGGGGACUUUCAGUCAUGAAGAUUAAAAUACUUCAUGCUGAAAGAUCCUUUGUCUGCAGCGUUCGCCGUGCUUCGCACCUCAGGGCAGCCCACGGCAGAACGCUAUUUUGACACUGAUGUGAUUUUAGCCAAUAGCGUGCUAGCUUUCCGGCGUAAUGCCAGCUGGCCCGCACGGAUAUUGUCUUAGAGUUGGAAAAGUCACCUCACUGAAAAAUAGCAUUUUCCCCUUUAUUUGUUCCAUUGGUUAAUCCUAGCGUUUAAAAAAAUUCUAGGAUUUACUAUCACUUUAAGGCAGCUGUACCUCUUACUUACCAGCUGUUACUGAUGAACUGGAAACCUUUUUUUUCAGGAGGGUGCUCCAAAGACUAGAAUAUGUGUGAUUUGGAAGAGUCUACUAAAGAAGAAGGGGUGGCUAUUAUUUGUAUAUUUCCUUUAGUUGUAUCUAUUUGGUUACAAACUUCAUUAGAAAAAUCAAAUAUGUAAUACUAUAAAUCUGAAUUGACCAAAACAUUUUUUUCUAUGUGGAUUCAGAUUUAAUUUUUAAAAGCAUAAGACUCUUUGAAUCGUAAAUUAUAUUUUGCACCUACAUCUUUUAGAUCUAAUCAUGCACAAACUGCUUAUAGACUAUAGAUCUCAUUUUAAUCUAUUAGGAUUUGCUGUUUGAAAACGGUUUUCCACACAGAGUGCUUUUGUUGGGGGUUCUUUUACUUUGACAUUCCAAUCCAUUUUUAAGGUCUAUUUUAUGCCUGGGCUAUGUCUUGAACUCCCACAAAAUACUAAGAAGCUCCAAAGUGGCAAUACACUGCUAAACAUUGCGGUUGAUUAGUGGCUCUGCUUAGCACAGUGACCAUGUUCAGCUCCAAACCCUUAGCGCAUUGUAUGUCUAAGUGGGCUUUCACUUUGUUUAACCCCUUUGCAACCUAUAGUGAAACAAUAAAAUGUUUUAAUGCUUUGCAGCCUUAUGUCCCUUUAAGACGCCCAAGUUAUAUCUUCUAUUUAGCCUAACAUCUGAUUUGCUUAGCAAAAUAAAAUCAGCCAAUGUAAUUCAAUAAUUGAUGAUUGCUAGGCAUGUGCAUUUGGCUGUUUCAUUAUAAAACAAAUGCCGAGGAAGACAGCCGCCAGCGGCAUUUGGCUCUUUUUGAUUUCUUCUUUUGUAAAUUCGAAACACUAAAAUCUGGAUUUGCAGUUGUUUCAUAAUGAAACAGCCGAAUGCACGUGUCUGGUGAUUAUCUAAUGGUAUUGAACACAGCUGUUUCACUUAAAGGGACACUGUACCCAAAAUUUUUCUUUCGUGAUUCAGAUUGAGCAUGAAAUUUUAAGCAACUUUCUAAUUUACUCCUAUUAUCAAAUUUUCUUCAUUCUCUUGGUAUCUUUAUUUGAAAUGCAAGAAUGUAAGUUUAGAUGCCGGCCCAUUUUUGGUGAACAACCUGGGUUGUCCUUGCUGAUUGGUGGAUAAAUUCAUCCACCAAUAAAAAAGUGCUGUCCAGAGUAUUGAAACCAAAAAAAAGCUUAGAUGCCUUCUUUUUCAAAUAAAGAUAGCAAGAGAAGGAAGAAAAAUUGAUAAUAGGAGUAAAUUAGAAAAUUGCUUAAAAUUGCAUGCUCUUUCUGAAUUACAAAAGAAAAAAUUUGGGUUCAGUGUCCCUUUAAUUGAUAUUAAUUUUGAUGUCUAUUCAAUAUUUUCAUAUAAUAUUGCAUAAUUUUACAAUUAAAGGGACACUAAACCCAAAUUAGUUUCAUUAAUGAUUCAGAUAGAGCAUGACAUUUUAAGCAAAUUUCUACUUUACUCCUAUUAUCAAUUUGUCUUUGUUCUUUUCCUAUCUUUAUUUAAACAGGAAUGUAAAGCUUAAGGGCCGGCCCAUUUUUGGUUAAGAAACCUAGUUUAUGCUUACUUAUUGGUUUGCUAAAUGUAGCCACCAAUAAGCAAGCAAUAUUCAGGGUUCUAAACCUACAUUGGGCUGGCUCCUAAGCUUUAAAUUCCUUCUUUUAAAAUAAAGAUUGCAAGAGAACAAUAAAAAAUUGGUAAUAGGAGUAAAUUAGAAAGUUGCGUAAAAUUGCUGCUUUAUCUGAAUUAUGAAAGAAAAAAAUUGGGUUUAGUGUCCCUUUAACAUUUUUAAACAUACAUAUAAGUAACUGCAAUUAAUGUUUUUAUAAUUAUAAUUCAGUUCACAAAUUUCAUAGUUUUCAAAUUUGGUCUGUGCCAUAUUUUUAACUUAUUACACCAGGAGGCUAUGGUGUUUUUUUUGUUUUUUUAGAUCACUGAUUUUACUGAUCACCUGGCUAAAAUUUAAAGUGCCAAAAAUAUUUUGAGAUCUGUGCAUAUUCUAAAAAGGCUAAUUAAGAAAAAAUAGUUUGCAUAAAAAAAAUGUUUAAAAAUUGCUGGCAAGUCUUUUAAAAUAAUUUUCAAAAGUAAGCAAAAUGACUUGCAUAGCUGUCUGUUUUCUGGAGUAGACAGAUCCACCCCCCACAUCAUAAACACAGGCAUUGUAUUCAUCAGCUUAUUUGCUUCUAUGCAUGCUCCAGCAGAUAAUGACUGUUAGUCUUGCAUUCUACCAUAUUAAUUGUAAAUAUAUAUGCAGCCAUAAAAGGAAUUGUGUAGGGGGGAGUUAGAGCUGUACAAUUCGGACACUUAAAAGAAAGGGUUAAUGGCGAGGAACUGCAGUAUAAAUUCCCCCCCCCCCAUUUGUUGCACAGAGUAUCAUUAAUGGGACAGUCAACACCAAUAUUUUUGUUGUUUAAAAAGAUAGAUAAUCCCUAAAUUACUCAUUCCCCAGUUUUACAUAACCAAUACGGUUAUAAUAAUACACUUUUUACCUCUGUGAUUACCUUGUAUCUAAGCCUCUGCAAACUGCCCCCUUAUUUCAGUUCUUUUGACAGACAUGCAUUUUAGCCAAUCAGUGCUUACUCCUUGGUAACUUCAUGUGAAUAAGCUCAAUGUUAUCUAUAUGACAAACAUGAACUAACGCCCUCUAGUGGUGAAAAACUGUAAAAAUGCACUCAUAUAAGAGGUGGCCUUCAAGGUCUAAGAUAUUAGAGCCUACCUAGGUUUAGCUUUCAACUAAGAAUACCAAGAGAACAAAGCAAAAUUGUUGCUAAAAGUAAAUUGGAAAGUUGUUUAAAAUGACAUGCCCUAUUUGAAUCAUGAAAGUUUAUUUUGGACUUGAUUGUCCUUUCAACUCAAUUUAUGUUAAAUUAUGCAUUUGCUUUGGAUAACUAAAGUGGCAUUUAUAAUUAUUAGAAUGCUAGAAUAUUGCCCCGUGGAGAACACUGAAAAUGUAACCUGGACAGGUGUGAAAACAAACGUUAAAGGUGUUUAAAGCUAAAAUAUCCCGCUUGGUACAGGUCAAAAAGUUUUUCAGAAGGUAAAUUUGCUUAAUUAAAUAAAUCCAAAAUUCAUCCAUAUUUAAUAGUGUUUUGUGAUGAAUUAGAACACUGCUUUGUUGUGAGGGGUGUUUUUUUGCUUUACAGAUAAAAAAUAAAGCCAUGCAAACCCUGA